AUUAUUUUUGAGCAGAAUCAAGCGCGAAAAUAAAAUUGCGGGUUUUUAUUCGCUUAUUACACACGCAAGGAACAAUACGGUAUGAAAACCAAAAAAGCUGAAAGUGCUUCUGGAGAAACUGCAACUAAUUCAGGGACCGAAGAAGCGUACGUUGUUGAGAAAGUAUGCGGAAGAAGAGUUCGUAAAGGCAGAGUCGAAUAUUUCCUAAAGUGGAAGGGUUAUCCCGAGGAAGAAAAUACUUGGGAGCCUCAGAAAAAUUUAGAUUGUCAAGACUUAAUACAGCAAUAUGAAAAUCAGAGGGCAAAAGAUGAAGCUUCAGCUUCAACAACGAAGCCCGAAAAACCCAAGGACAAAGAUAAAGAGUCUAGUGGUCAAUCGAGUUCAGCUGGCGUCAAGCGAAAAACUGAUGAGCGCAAUACGAGUGCAGGAACUGUUAAAAAGAAGAAGCGCCGUGAAUCUAAUACUGACAAAGAUUCUGUAUCAGACAUGUCCUUCCAAGCUAAUGAGUUGAAUGGUUUUGAUAAGGGCUUGGUUGCCGAGAAAAUACUGGGAGCGUCUGAAGUAAAUGGUUCGUUGACAUUUCUUAUUCAAUUUAAAGGAAGCAAGCAAGCUGAAAUGGUACUGUCAGAAAUAGUAAAUGAAAAGGUACCCCAGAUGGUUAUAAAAUUUUACGAAGAACGAUUAUCGUGGUAUUCUGACACAGAAUGAUUAGUUUUAAUAAUAUUAUUUAAUACAAUGCAUUUAAAUGAAACUAAAUAA